CAGCGCUCGUGCGUAAGAGCAGCGGGCGCGUGCGUAAAGAGGAAGAACCGUAAGUCUCUCCAAAAUGGCGACGACCAUAGAGACUGGCAAUGCAGGAGCUGCAAAUAAGAAAAAACACCUCGGAAUCCCCGAAGCAAUAUUUGUGGAAGAUGUGGAUGCCUUCAUGAAGCAGCCGGGCAAUGACACGGCAGACGCCGUGCUGAGGAAGCUGGAUGAACAGUAUCAGAAAUAUAAAUAUAUGGAGCUCAAUCUGUCUCAGAAGAAACUCAGGUUGAAAAGCCAGAUCCCACAAAUCAAACAGACAUUAGAAAUCCUACGGCACAUGCAGAAAAAGAAGGACACUACAGAUCCCAUGGAGACACACUUUCUUUUGGCUGAUAACGUCUAUUGCAAGGCCUCUGUCCCACCCACAGAUAAAGUGUGUUUGUGGCUUGGGGCUAAUGUCAUGUUGGAGUAUGAUAUUGAUGAGGCCCAGGCGCUGUUGGAGAAAAACUUUGCUACAGCUUCCCGGAAUCUGGACUCUCUGGAAGAGGACCUGGACUUCCUUAGAGACCAGUUCACAACCACCGAAGUCAAUAUGGCACGUGUUUACAAUUGGGAUGUCAAAAGAAGGAGCAAAGACAACCUCCUCAAAUCUGCUGAGCGGUCCUAGAAGAGGAGGCCUAGUUUGGUCCCACCCCACCCGAAUUCCUUUCCCAUCAGAAAAUUCACCCCCCAUGUAUCUGUUUCCACCAAAACCAACUGUUAUCUUUUGAUUUAUUACUUUUUAACGUAUUUUUUCAAGUAAAAAGGUGAAAAACAUCAAACAAAAGUAAUAAUGGUAGUUUUCUUUUUUUAUGAUGAAUUAUUAGCUGUUUCAGAGGGGGCUUCUCUCCACAGGUUCUACACAUUUGUCUUCCUCUGUGCUCUUUUUUUCCUCUGAUUUGUUGUUUGGGAAACAUCUGAAAUUUCAGUUCUGUUAAAUCAAAACUGUUUAAACUACUAUGGGCUUCAAAUUUCUUUCUGUGUAAUUUUUAUUGCCAGAUCUUGCAGAGAUCGUUGUCAAAAUGCAGCAUGCACAAUAUCAGGGGGACAUCUGGUUUAAUUUAUCACCCUCUCUUCUCCUUUACUUCCCUUUUCUUAACACUUCCUUCUCUGAUGUCAGUUUUUUCAUCUCUUGUCCUUCAUCUGUACUUAUGUCACAUUGUAGCCAUUAAACACUGAACAAAUAAUGAAGCAAUUUGGGAAAAGGCACAAAAUCGAUGAAAUGGUCUGUGUUUUUAAUCUGCGUAGCUUUUUAUAAUUCCUGAUCUGAUUGAGGUUCUGACAGUGAUUGAGAUAAAUCCAACUAAUUAAAUAUGUGCCUGCAGUUC